AGUAAGGACAGUAAGCGCCGUGCUGCUUCGCCGGCAAGCUAUUCAGUAAUUUUAUCAUUUUUUUUAAAAUUAUAAAUAACAACUUAUAAUAUUGUUUUUACUUUUUUUAAAAAUUAUAUACAAUAAUACGACUGUACAUACGAAAAAUUAAUAAUAUUCUUUAUUAUAAGUUUUUUAAAUUUUAACUAUUUAUUUUAAUUAAAAAAUUUUUAUUAAUAUACAUCAAUAAUAAAAAAAAUGAUAAUUAAUAAAGAGAGUAAUCGAGUAUUCGUUGUCUGCUGGAAUCAUCAUAUGGUACCAGCUGAUGAAGAAAUAAAAUUGUAGCUGUUUAGUGCACUGGCUUAGUGUACAUAUGUACAUUAGUUUGUACAAUUGUACGUAGUGUAUGUACUUGAGAUGCUAAGAAAUUUAAGUGUGACGAAACUUAAACUCAACUGAGAAGUAGUAGAACCAGCAGUACAAAUACCACCAACGACACCAGCACCAACAGUGUACCACCACCAGCACCAGUACCAGAACCAGUAGUAGUAAUAGUUUAUAUCGUGCGUGUGUGUCGCAAAUCUGUAUAAGUGUAUUAAACAGUGUGUGUUGGUUAUAUAUAUAUUAUACGCAUAAUUAUCAUUAUUAUUAUUAUCUUCAUCAUAUGUAUGUACGUUUAAAAGUACGUUCCUACGUGGAUGAGUUAUUUAUAACUUAAAUUUAGCGGUCCUUCAUUCAAAAAUACCACAAGGUGCCAACCGUACUCACACUCAUUAUACUCGUAUUAAAUAAUAAACCAAUUAUUCAUAUUAAUCAUUCAAUAUGCGUAAUUUAUUUGAAUUAUUAUUAAUAUAAAACGUGUUUAAAAAAAUUAAAAAAAAAAAAGGAAAAGAAAAAUCUAUCUAUCUAUAUAUAUAUAGAUAUUUAUUUAGACACAGACAUACAAUAUUAAACGAGUUCGCAGAAGUGACGGAAUAUGCAAAUGAGAUAAAUAAAUUAUUAAAAAUUUUUUAUGUGUGGCGGUUGUUGUAAUGUAAAGUUGGUGAGAUAACGCGUCAGCAAUAGCAACAAAAAAGGCGUGACCUUGAAAUUCUUUGGGAAAUCUUUCGAGUUGUCGUCGUCAAGUGUUAAGUCUCGUAUCCAGUGAUCUUUGUGAUUUUAUCAGUCUCUCAUCAUACCAUUUUUCUUUUUGUUUCUUUAAAUAGAAUUAAACAGACUUAAAAAAAAAUUUAAAAAAACCCGUAGUAUAAAAAAAUUUUUAUUUUUUAACUAUAUAAAAAUUAGUUUAAUGGAGUUUUUUUAUUAAAUAAUUAAUUAAAAAUAAUAAUAAUAAUAAUAGUAAACAUAAAAGUGGUGAUAAGAAAUGAUCGUAAAGAAUAACGGCCACGUGACUACGAUGCUUGGUAAACACUGUUAGACCACGUGCUCAUCCCCUUUAUUCCCUCUUCUUGCCUUCCCUCCCUCCCUUCUUCUCUCCCUCUUUCCAACUCAACCACCAGCUUUAGAACUACGCACUUUACUUAAUUUACAGCAUUACUCUAAUUUUUAUCUAUAAUAACACAUAAUAUACAUAAACAAAUAAUAAUUAUCCAAAUCGUUAUUAUUUUAAAAAUAAAAAAUAAACUAUAAUCUAAAUAUGGAUACGGAUAUAAUGGAUUCAAUAAACGUAUCCCUGUCCUCAUCAUCAGCAUCAUCAGUAACAGUGGUAGCAACAGCAGCAGCUCCUGGAGCAGGAGCAACAGUAACAGCAGCAACAACAACAGGAGCAGGACAAACAAGUACAACAGCUCAAGGCUUGUCAUUUGAAUUGGAGAGCGGAUUUGAGCCUCAGUUACGUGCGCGAUCAAACACGUGGCCUUUGCCACGGCCUGAGGGAUACGUUGAUACCAGUGUUAUUGGUAGCGAUAUCAAUGGUGGUAAAGAUGAUUCAAAUGGUAAUGUGUUGUUACAACAAGUUGCUCUUGGCCAAGGUGUUGGUGCUCUUAUUCCUCUUAAAAAAAAUUCCUCACGUCGUAACGCUUGGGGAAAUUUGAGUUAUGCUGAUUUAAUUACACAAGCUAUUACAAGUGCUUCGGAUAAACGGUUGACACUUUCACAGAUAUACGAGUGGAUGGUGCAAAACGUACCGUAUUUUAAGGACAAAGGUGAUAGUAACAGCAGCGCUGGUUGGAAGAAUUCAAUUAGACACAAUUUGUCAUUACAUAAUCGAUUUAUGCGAGUACAGAAUGAAGGUACAGGUAAAUCAUCAUGGUGGAUGAUUAAUCCGGAUGCUAAACCUGGAAAAUCAGCUCGUAGAAGAGCGACAUCAAUGGAAACAAGUAAAUUCGAAAAACGGCGAGGUCGAGUUAAGAAAAAGGUAGAGGCUCUUCGUAACGGAUUACAAUCCGAUGCUGUAACAUCGAGCCCUAGUAGUAGUGUGAGUGAAGGUCUCGAUUUAUUUCCUGAUAGUCCUCUUCACACAAGUAGUUUUCAGCUUUCACCAGAUUUUCGUCCACGAGCAUCGAGUAAUGCAUCUUCAGUAGGCCGGCUUAGUCCCAUUCCUGCAGUUCUUGGAGAGCCUGACUGGACUCCAAAUUAUGUUUCAUCUUAUAGUCCAGAACAAUUGGCCGGUAAUCUUGCCGAAACGAUGAAAUUGGAAUCGUAUCAGAUGUACCAAUCUCCGGCGGGGAAUCAACAACAACAGCAACAACAACAACAACAGCAACCGCCUCCACCAUCUUAUUUUGAAGCACAACAGUACUCAAGGAACAAUCCGUUACGUUCAGCUGUAUCACCUUACAAUUUACCCCCACAAUCCAAUAAUCACCUUCAACGAUGUUCGAUUCAUCGUUUACAGGCAUGCUCAUGUCAAAUGAAUUCAAGUCCUGUAUCGGGUAUGUCACCGACGUAUCAUCAGAAUGAAUCACGUCCUUCUCUUGGUGCUCAACAACCUCAAUGUCAGCAGCAACAACAGCAGCAGCAACAGCAACAACAGCAACAGCAACAGCAACAACAACAGCAACAAUUAAAAGAACAGAAACAAGAACGAAAAGAUCAGACACUAUCGUCACAAUCAUUUCCUUAUUUAAUGCAGUGUCAACAACGAUUACAAAACCAAAAUCAAACAGUAUCCGUAAAUUCUAGUCCUUCAGCAGCAAUUAAUCUUUUAGACGGUUCUUCUUCAGAUCUUUCCUGCUGUAAUAACAUAGAUAUAAAUGCAGCUAGUACAAUGAUGGGGGAGUUAAUGGGGGCUUUAAAUAACAGUGCAUUACUCGACGAUCUUAAUAUUAAUAUUGAGGGUCUACAUGGUGGAUUUGAUUGUAAUGUUGAUGAGGUUAUUAAACAUGAACUCUCUAUGGAUGGUACUUUGGAUUUUAAUUUUCAACAUGGUAUCAUUGAUUCAGCACUUGAAUCUGUUAACGAUGAUGACACUAUUCAAGGAAAUGUUAUGGGUUCAAACAAUACUGUCAAUUCUCCAACACCUGCAAACUCAUCGCCCAGUUCUGGCUACGUAAACACUAAUAAUCCUACAACACCUACAGCACCACCCUCCUGGGUUCACUAACAGUAUAUAUAUAUAUAUAUAUAUAUAUAUAUAUAUAUAUAUAUAUAUAUAUAUGUAUAUAUAUGUAUAUAUAUAUAUGUAUAUAUAUAUAUGUAUAUAUAUAUAAAUCUAUAAUACGUAAAAACGACAAAACACUCAA